UAGGUAAAGGAAUAAAUAGAUCAUCAAUAUCGCAAAGUUCGCAAUCAUAUUUCCGUCUGAAAAUCCUCGUUAGGUCCACUGUGGUGUGCUCCUGUUACUCUGCGUGUGCGUGUUUGAGAGAGAGAGAGAUGGGGAGUUCAUCGGGCGACUUCUCGGUGUUGGUGUUAGCGUCAGAUCUGGGCAUCGACGCUCGGCCCUUCUUGACGGCAUCUGAUCGAGAAGAAGAAAAUAAUAACAGAGAGGAGGAGACCUGGCAUGAUUGCCCUUCUUACCUUUCCGAUGAAGACUUUUCCGACCUCGAUGCGUUACAGCUCUUCCGUGUUCAAGGCACCGAUAAGUCUGGCAAUCGUAUCGUCCGCAUCGUCGGAAAGUACUUUCCAGCUCCAGUUGUGAGUGGAGAACGGCUGAAGAAGUACAUUUUCCACAAGAUCUUCACUGAAUUGCCUGAAGGACCAUUCUGCAUUGUUUAUAUGCAUAGUGCAGUGCAAAAGGAAGAUAAUUACCCUGGUUUGACCAUCUUGAGGUGGAUUUAUGAAGAACUUUCCACUGUCUACAAGGAGAGGCUUCGUAUUGUGUAUUUCCUGCAUCCAGGAAUCCGUUCAAGGCUAGUCUUUGCAACUCUUGGCCGAUUCUUUUUAAGUGGGGGUUUAUAUUGGAAAAUCAAGUAUGUUAGCCGUCUCCAGUACCUUUGGGAAGAUGUAAAGAAGGAUGAGAUUGAUAUUCCUGAUUUUGUGCAAAAUCAUGAUGAUGUUCUUGAGCAUAGGCCACUGACAGAUUAUGGGAUAGAACCAGAUCCACUCCAUCUGUCUGAGGUUCCACCUGUCGGGUUUUCAUUUGGGAGGUAUGAAGAUAGGUGGGCUUCUCGAGAAUAUAUGUCCUAAUUUUAUUAUUUCUUGGAAAUUAACAAAUGUACAGAGUAAGGCUUUACAAUGUUCUUGUUCCAUCAACAGAGUCCAUGAGUAUGAAGCUAUAUGUUGGUCUUUUGAGAUUCAUGUAAUGAAGUAUGCACUAUGCAGUAUAAUAUACUUAUCCACAGUGACAUGUGGUAGGUAUGCAA